AUGCCGAUCACCGACUCGCAGGAAUAUCUCAAUAACCUCAACGAGAUCGACUUCCCAUACCUAUCGUCGAAGCCGAGCAGAGAAGGAAAGCGGACGAAAAGCAGACGAUAUGAUUCUUCCUUGAAUUCUGGCGCACCUCCAUCCUUCAUCGUGAAAUCGUUCGAUGAUCCGGCGAGAGUGCUUGGAAAGAGACGCAAGGAUCGUAUUCUUCAAGGAUGUUACAGCACCUAUACACCAGGACUUUUCUAUUCUAUGGACAAAAAGAAUAGAUGGUCUGAGGUGAACGCUGCCACGCUCCUGAACACCUUGGAUGGUGACGAAGAAUGUGGUGUUCAGGUGCUUGAACUUCAAACAUCUGGACCAGUAUGUCGAUCAAGAAACGGUAAAGUGUCUGCUCUUCACGAAAUAAAUGAUAGCGGAGAAGUGACUUCGAAAAUCAUCAAAGGCCAAGGAGCCAGCCUUUCCUCCAUUUCGACGCCCGAAAAAGAGAAGCAACGUGGCUGCCGAGCACGACGUGAAAUCGCAGCUCGGCUAAUUGCAAAAGAGGAAGAACAUGGCUCCGUGGUGAUGGAGGAACCGGAGAAAGCAAAACUACGCUUCACUUUGAUUCACAAUCGUCCAACUUAUAACGGUCGCUCUACGAGAAGAAAAUUCGCAGAACUACAAGGAGAUCUGCCGAAAUCACGACGUGCUCGUGUGAAACAUGUUGAUCUAAGCGAUUACGAACACAGUGAAAUGGAGGAGAGCAUUGAUGUUGAGGAGGAUGGGUAUAAACCUAGCCGUGAUUUGAAGUUCUGUCUCGGUGAUUACAUAACCGGUAAGGAGGCACACGGUAUUGCGAAUGUGGAAAGAGAACGUUUCGAUAGUUCAACACCGUCUCUGGAUUUAGGAGAAAUAGACGUAUCGGAACCAAAGCUGAAGCCGUUCGAUCUUAUGGAUAUCUCAUCAGUGCUCCGUACACAUUCCACAUUUGAGUUCGCUCAUGUCUACACGGAUAACUGGAAAAAUUUUAAGUUCCUGGAGCAGGUGGAGUCUCUGCGAGAUAAGUACACGGUUCGUUGGCUAGAUAUGAACUAUCAACGGGUGCUAAUAGACGGUACCGUGGCUGUCGCUUCUGGCCGGGAACAUGAGGGCUCACCAAUUGCUAUGCUAACAAUUGAAAGGUGUCAGAAUAAGAAGCGGCAUUAUCUCAGAGUCCUUCUCAACACCACGAUUGUUCCAUCGAUACAAUUCGAUUGGAAACUAUUCAAGGGACAUUUGAGAGGCAACAAUGUCAGCGACAUUUGUAGCCUUGUGGACGCGACUGUUGGACUUCCAUUAAGCUGGCUUAUGGAUAAUCCAACUGCUGGUGCUGCUGCUUCUGAAGAUACAGUGAAACUCAACGAAAAGAAGGAGUAUCUUCCUAUAUUUAACGCUGCCGAAUUCUCUAAACCGGGCCGGAGAAUAACCGUUGAACGUAUGGCCACACUUCUAAGAGCCGGAUGUGAACAUUUGGCGUCGGACUCGUUUGUGAGAGUGGACCGGAAGGAUUUAGACGAUGAUGAUGAAGAGUGGAGUGAAAAUUCACAAUCGGACGAUUUACCACCACUUCCUACAGGAAUAAAAUGUAAGAAUUGUGCGACUAAUAGCUCCGAGGAUCUGUUUGAGAUGGAUGAUUGCUGGAUGUGUAGGGCGUGCCUGAAACAAAUUGCUCUCAACCAAAUUCGCACGAAAUCUCUUCCCAUUCGUCUAGCGUUGGUGGUACCGACUGAGUCUACUUCCUAUGAUAUCCUGGCGUCUAUCCUUCCACUGCCUCUUUUCAAUUUCUACACUAAGCUCGCAGCCAUCGAGUUGAUAAAACUAUCACCUAUAAACGACGUAAUUGAUCUCGGCGAGUGUCCUGGAUGCAACCAAGUUGUCGACAUCGCGAAUUUAAACGAGUAUAACUGCAUUCACUGCGAAUGUGGAAUUGUGUGGUGCUCAAAAUGUCGAAAGGAGCCGCAUUGGCCAAUGUCCUGUAAGGUGGCAGCUGAUUGGAGAAAACGAUGGCAGCACCACAAUAUCGAAGGCGUUGAGCGGUCUCAGCGUCUAAGGAAAACCACGUGCAGCUGCUCUGAUCCUUCUAUUCAGGUGGGAGAAGCGGAGCAGUUUGCCGAGUGCAAACAGUGCGAGAUUGAUUCAAAUCAGCAGAACAUUUUCGUUCCUACUAAAAAUGGGCGUUCGUGCUGGAAAACCGAGAAUGUGCCUACCUCAGAUGGGAAGACUCCUCCGAACGAUUAUGUUGCUCCCAUUAAGAAAGAAGUUUUUGAAAUUUGUCAGAAGGCACGUUCAUAUCGCUUCGACAUAACCAAGUUGAAUGAGCUGUACACGGCCAGAAGAGUAAAAGACGUCACUCCUGAGCUGGAAAAGUUGAGGAACCUCAGACAAACGCUUUUGUACCUUAUUGAAUAUGGCAUGGCAUGGGCUCACAUGGAUAAGAGUCUCAGUGAUCGCACACUCAUCAAGAGGAUCCUAUCCGACAUUUUUCGUCGUUACGAAGAACUGAUCACCAUAGUCGAUUACCAGAGAUCUAAUUUCAACGAUUUGGUCGAAUCGCUGUGUUUUUCUGUGGAGAAGAUCAUUAGAAUUAUGGAAAGAAAUGUUUGA